GAAGCGGUCAGCGCGGGGGACACGUGGGGCGGGACCGGCCCGGCCGGCCAUGGAGCUGCUGCCCCGCAGCCCCGGCGAGUUCGGCUCCGCCCGCUACUGGGAUCGCUUCUUCCGCCAGCGCGGGCAGCGCCCCUUCGAGUGGUACGGGGCCUUCCCGGAGCUCUGCCCCGUCCUGCACAAGUAUGUGCGACCGCGCGACAAGGUCCUCGUGGUGGGCUGUGGGAACUCGGAGCUGAGUGAGCAGAUGUACGAUGUGGGAAUGUGCGACGACAUCAUCAACAUCGACAUCAGCGAUGCCGUGAUCCGCCAGAUGCAGGAGCGCAGUGGGAGCACAAGGCCAAAGAUGAGCUACCUGCUGAUGGACAUGCUCCAGAUGGACUUCCCUGAUGCCCAUUUCCAAGUGGUCCUGGACAAAGGCACACUGGAUGCCCUCCUCACUGAUGAAGAGGAGGCUGCUAUAGCCAAGGUGGACCAGAUGUUUGCUGAGAUCAGCCGGGUCCUGCAGGUAGGAGGGCGCUACCUCUGCGUCUCCUUGGCUCAAGCCCACGUGCUGAAGAAAGCUGUGGAAUACUUCUCCCAGGAAGGCUGGGUCGUGCGUGUCCAUCAGGUGGCCAGCAGUGGAGACAAGCAGCAGUUUGUCCUACCGGUCUUUGUGUAUGUCAUGACAAAGUUCAGGAAGAUCCCUGGCUCGGCACCACAGAUCCUGGAGAUCUGUCCUGAGGAGCAGGACAAGCCGAUGCGGAUGGAGAGUGUGGAGCAGCUGGUGGCAGCAGUGAAGGACAGGCAGCAUUAUGCCCUGCUCUGCAGCCAGAUAAGCAAAACCCCCUGCAGGGAACAGGUUUCCUUGGAUCUGUGUGACAAAGAGAGCGGGAAGCCUCGCUACACGCUGCAUGUGGUCGACAGCCCCUUGGUGAAACCUUCCCGAGACAAUCACUUUGCCAUCUUCAUCAUCCCACAGGGCAGAGAAACCGAGUGGCUCUUUGGGACGGAGGAAGGGCGGAGGCAGCUGGCGGCCAGCGCGGGCUUCAGGCGCCUGCUCACGGUGGCCCUGCACAGGGAGCAGCACUACGAGGGCAUGGCCGGCAUCCAGGCGGAGCUGUCGGGGAAGGUGAUGGAGCUGGCCCCGCCAGGCCUCCCUGCCCGGCAGCAGGUGCCCUUCCUGUCUGUGGGAGGGGACAUUGGGGUGCGGACGGUGCAGCACUGUGACACCAGCCCCCUGAGCGGGGAGUACGUCGUGGAGGACGUGAAGGGAGAUGGCAGCUGUUACUUCCGCCGCCUUGUCUUCCUCCGCAACAGGAACGUGGUGCAGUCAGAGGCUCGGCUCCUGGCUCCCACACCUCUCCAAGGCCAGAAGAAGCGGAGGAAGGACAAGAAGAAACCCAGCCCCACUGAGCCACCUGGAGCCAUCGACAAGAGCUAUCUGUGCUGUGAGCACCACAAGGCCAUGGUUGCGGGGCUCUGCCUGCUGGGGGGCCCCGACGCCCUCCCAGGAGAGCUGGCAGUGCUGGUGGUGGGGCUCGGCGGGGGCAGCCUGCCCCUCUUUGUCCAUGAUUACUUCUCUCAGGCCCACGUGGCCGUGGUGGAGAUCGACCCCUCCAUGCUGGAAGUGGCCACGCACUGGUUCGACUUCUCCCAGGGUGACCGGAUGCAAGUGCACAUCUCUGAUGGUCUGGACUACGUGGCCAACCUGGCAGCUGAAGCAUCAGCCCAGUACCAUGCCGUCAUGUUUGAUGUGGACAGCAAAGACCUCACAGUGGGGAUGAGCUGCCCGCCCCCAGCCUUUGUGGAAAAGCCCUUCCUGCAGAAAGUUAGAAACAUCCUCAAGCCAGAAGGAGUCUUCGUGCUCAACUUGGUGUGCCGCGAUGCCCAGCUGAAGGAGUCUGUCCUGGCCACCCUCAGGGACGUCUUCCCUCUUCUCUACAUGCGCCGCAUCGAAGGGGAGGUCAAUGAGAUCCUGUUCUGCCAGCCCAGCCCUGAGGGCCGACGCGACCCCACAGAGCUGGGGGCACGUGCCCGGGCACUGGAGGGGGCCCUACGGCAGCCUGGGCGGCCCUGGGACAGCUCGUACGUGCUGGCAGACAUGCUGCAGGCCAUCCACAUCCUCUGAGGGGGACUCUGAUGCUGCUUCAACACAGUGGUCCUCCUGUGGGGGCUGUGGCCCCACAAUGGGGUGCCCGUGGCUGGGACUGCUGCCCUGUGGGGGGCCAGUGCUGGUCUGGGCCUGCCAGAAGGAUGGGACUGGCACGGGAAGGUGCUUCCUGCAGCGUGGCUCCUGAGGAAGGGGCCCAGCACCACAGAGGACUCUACAGCCCGAGGGGCAGAGCUGGUAGGGGGGAGGAAGGUGCUGUGGGACUGGCAGGACUGUGGGUUUGGCUUUGUCCUCAUUGCUUUCCCACUUUUGGAAAAACAUCCCUUCGACUCUCCUUCCCUGCUCCAAGGCUGGUUGUGGAUGUGUGUGGGUGGGCUGCGAGCUGUGAGAAUAAAGUGCUAUGGGGUGCUCUGA